UGGAGAGUCAGCAGUCACAAACUUGCUGCCAGGGAACUGAAUUGGGUAAAUGCCUCAGUGAUUCAAACUAAAAAAGUACAGGACUUAAUGGCCAUGGACACCAGCUUUGCAACCCUAGCUUGUUGCCUUCUGGCUAUUUCUUAUGCUGUGGCACAAACAGAAAAGGAUCAUUUGACCAUCCCAUCCACAAUAACAACCCCUGGCUUAAACCAGACACACACAAGUACAACUUCUUCUGACUUUACUGCUACCCCAAACCAGACUGAGAGCACAACUCCAUUUACCAGUACGACCCAGAACAAUGAAACAUUCACCACAACUACAGUAGCUACAACUGAGAGCACAAGUCAGCUACAGACUUCUCAGUCAACAACAAUUAUGACUCCUCUAACAAAUAGCACAUCACUGACGACCAAAACUGCUAGCACUCCAACAUUUACUGCAAUGACAACGUCAACAAGGCAGACCACAGUAGGUCCCAGAAGUACACCUCAUACUACAGUGAUUUCAACUGCAAAUUCAUCUCACACUGUCAAUACAACCUCAGAUUCAAUGUAUGGAACCACACAAGGUUUGCGACUAAACACUUCAGACAAGAACAUGACUAUUCUCUUCAGCGUUGUACUUGGAGUGUUUGCUCUGGCAUUGGUUGUGUUCAUGUUUCACAGAUGGCAACAUAAAAUCCAAUACUUUCAUCAACCUCUAAACAACACUGACGACACCGAUGCAUUUGUGGCAGACGAAGACACACUCGUAAUUUCUGGAGGACUUUACGAUGGCCAUCCAAUAUACGACAAUGUGCCACCAGCCCCAGCAGACCAGUCUCAAUUCCGUCUCCAGUUCCUUCAUUAAAGAGAGAGUGUUUCUACAGUUUGAGAUGUCACCAUUGGUGCUUGACAGGAUGGACAAAACCAACAUCCACUA